AUGGGCUUGAUCAAUGUCCGAGAUCUGCUAGCUUUCCCUCAUGGCGAUAAUUCCAGCGACACUGUCAUCAGCGGCACCCACUUCAACCUCACGACAUUGAACCAUUGGAAUUAUACCUACUAUUCCAAUGGCACAUUCUCCAACGGCUCGUUGUGCUUCCUCCUCUUCGAACCAUACACACCCCACCUCCUCCAGAACGGCACGUUCCUCAACAGCACAUCAUGCUACUCCCCCGUCCGGCGGAUACGCGCUCGCGCCGAAGCUGGUCUCGCAUUCGCCUGCUUCUUUGCCUUGAGCAUCAUGUUCACAUUCAUAAACCUGCGAAAGCACGGGAGGCUAUUCCUUCCAUCGGAGAAGCGAUUUAGGUCGGCCGGGCGAAGGUUCCAGUGGUACUGGAUGCUUUUUGUGGCGGCCCUUGCAAUUAUAAGUGGCAUUACGGGCGUGGAUGUCGAUAGAUACUAUCUUCCAGAGCUUCCCAUGGUACUCACGAACUUCUUCUGGUUUCUAAUGUUGCCAAACACGCUGGCUAUAGUAUGGGAGAGUGUUCGACAUUGGGGAAGCUGGCAGGAGAGGCAGAUGGUGGAUCCAAACCCAUUCAGCUUGAGGCAGGAUGAUAGACGCGCAAGCGUCGAAUUAUACCUGCCGUUACUUUUCUAUUUCUUCGCCUGGCUAAACUUCUUCAUGGUAGUACCUCGCUCUUGGACUGGAAUAGAACUGCAGCGGGACCCGGACCAAGCACGCCUAAGGGCCAAACCUGUUGCGACGGACGCACGAUUUAAGGUCGCGGCGUUUCUCCUUUUCUUGGGAUGGUGUACAAUUGUGUUCUCACUCCACCACUCGAUCAAGCACUACAAGCCCCGGAAUCGGGGAGUAUUCAACCGUAUAGCUGGCCUCAUAAGAUAUACGCCAUACAAAUUUCUUUUCACGAUCCCGCUUUCCCUUGUUAUGAUUGGGUACGAAGCUGCAUGCGCCUUUGAUUUCUCCAUCUCUCCCCUCAACUAUCAUCCAAAUCUCGCAGUAGUUUAUCCGUUGGGCUGGGUACCUAUCGCCCUGAUAUUCAUAGUCUAUGAAGUAUCAGGGUAUCUCGAACCCAAUGAAGACCGGGAACUCCUGCGGCAGCGCCGUGCUCGUGGUUUGGAGGCGGACCAAGAAAUAGGCAUUACCAAGAAGCCACACUGGUGGUCCCGUCUUCAUGGGAAUAACCAGGAUGCCAACGUGCAUGAACGCAUUUCCCGGAAUGUCGCAGAGGUUGGCGGAGGGAGGGCAACGACGAGAAAUGUGGAGAGCAAUAUUGAGAUGGGCAAUAUGCCUGUGAGUCGGCCAACACACCAGAAAAAGCCAUCUGUAGAGGCCGAGGCGGUGCGUCUGGCUUCGAAUUUACUGUUCCCGAGACCAGAUUCCGCGAGCGGACCGGGACGGGUUGGGGAUACACCUGUGAAUGGGCCUGGUAAUCCUGGAGACAUAGGAAGUGACUCGGGUAUUGAACAGACAAGUCCAAACAGAGCGGGGCUCAACGACAGGAAUGGCAGCGACAGUAGUGGUGUCACUCUCACGGCCCAGCCUCAAACUGUCAAGUCGAUGUUAGAUAUCUAG